AUGUGCUAUCACCCUCGAAGCUGCCCUGGUUCAAGUCUCAUCGUUAUAACUGAUCUCUUCUUUGACAGCAAGAUGAUGCAAGACAAUCGUGAAUCGAUGUGGGUGAACAAGUCCAUUUAUUGGGUUGGGCCCCCACCUCACCAGGUGCUGAUAUCUCGGAGCAUCGCUGAACGCUUGCAAUAUGUGCACUCUCUGGAUCAGUACCGCUUCUCUCUCCUGAACCGCACACUACACAUGGAAUUAUCGCACUUAGAAACGCAGAUGCUUGCACUGGGAAGACUUCACAGGCAACAGAAACGGCAUAGCGGGAUGCAAUCUCAGGUGCUAGUUCCUAACGACAGCCGCUCACCACAGCUUUCCUCAUUCAAGGCGAUGCCUGAACCCCUCAAUGCAGCUGAAAGACGACUGGAAAUCCAAAGCAAGCUAGACUGCCUCCAGGAGCUGCUGCUUGAAAUGGAAACCCAAAGUCAAAGAGUGGACGAGCAGUACCACGCCUUGGCUGUAGAACUGCACAUUGCCGGAAAUCACACGCGUCCCUUAGACGAGCGGGGAGCAGCAAGGAUGGAUGCGCGCCUCAACGAGAUCCGAGCUGUCCUUCGAAAGAAGAAUGACGAGCAUGAGUCAGUUAUUGAAAUGAACAAUGUGGGGAAUUUCAUAGCCAGCAUCGUGAGCCACUUCCUACCUUCUACCCCAGAUACUGUCGUUGAAGUGCGCAGCAAGAAGGAGGCGGAUGCGUUUCUGUAUAAUAUCGGGCCCAUCGAAAAAUUUAGAGACAACCGAUUGAAGGAGGCUGCUAAGAGCCAGCAGAACACCCCAACAAUAUGA